GUUGACAUUAUCCUUCUUACUUAUAAGUUCUCCCACCCUAUUUGUUUUUGUUUGUUUUUCCCCUCAGGUGCUCAGGAACAGCCCAUGGAAGAAUCAUCUGAAGAGGUGGUGACUGAAGUCAUAAAACAGGAGUGGACAUGUUUGGAUUUCCAACAGCUACCCUGCUGGACUGUCAUGGAAGAUAUGCCCAGAAUGUAGCAUUCUUCAGUGAGUGAGUUGGUUGAUAGCUGAGAUGCCCUCAGCUCAUAGAUAUCCAGUGUUCCUAUCCUCAGCACUGGUCAGCAGUCUGAGGAACCAGAGGGCCUUCCUUUGAUGUGAUGACUGAAGCCCACCACAAGUAUGACAAUUCUGAGGCCACAGGAUCCUCCAGCUGGGAUUUUCAGAAUUCUUUCAGAAGAGAGAAGCUGGAACAAAAAUCCCCAGAUUCUAAGACACUACAGGAAGAUUCACCUGGAGUAAGGCAGAGAGUCUAUGAGUGCCAGGAGUGUGGAAAAUCCUUCCGGCAAAAAGGUAGUCUAACAUUACAUGAGAGAAUUCAUACUGGUCAAAAGCCUUUUGAGUGUACCCACUGUGGAAAAAGCUUCAGGGCCAAAGGUAAUCUUGUUACACAUCAGCGGAUACACACAGGAGAGAAGCCCUAUCAAUGCAAGGAGUGUGGGAAAAGCUUCAGUCAGCGAGGUAGUCUGGCUGUCCAUGAGAGACUCCACACUGGACAGAAACCCUACGAGUGUGCUAUUUGUCAGAGAAGCUUCAGGAAUCAAAGUAACCUUGCUGUUCACAGAAGAGUUCACAGUGGUGAGAAGCCCUAUAGAUGUGAUCAAUGUGGAAAAGCCUUCAGUCAGAAAGGAAGCUUAAUUGUUCACAUCAGAGUUCACACGGGCCUGAAGCCUUAUGCCUGUACCCAGUGCAGGAAGAGUUUCCACACUAGAGGAAAUUGUAUUCUGCAUGGCAAAAUCCACACAGGAGAGACGCCCUAUCUUUGCGGCCAAUGUGGAAAAAGCUUCACUCAGAGAGGGAGUCUGGCUGUACACCAGCGAAGCUGCUCACAAAGGCUCACCCUUUGACCACUUUCUUCAAAAAGUUCUCUUUAUGAAUCAAAAGUACAGAAUCUUCUGAGACCAAGCAACCUAUCCAAUUCUGUGGAAUGAAUGAAGAAUCUUUCAGAAAGACCACCAUUGGGUAGGGCAAACUGACUUUUUUUCCUCCCAAAUGAGUAUGAAAAAUAAAUGUCUUGUUUAUUAUCAUUAU